CAAAAGGAAACGAAGGACGCAUGCGUUUGGUGGGUCCCGGAUUCUGGUGGGUCCUUCCGCUUAGGCCAGGUGAAGCGCUUCCGGGUCGCCACCGGCUGCCGCCUCCCGGCGCGAUGAGGAAACUGAGGCCCAGAGAGGUUAAGUGACUUGGCCAAAGUGAAACAUCUAGUAAGUGGUGGAGCCAGGACUCAAACCCAGGAGCCAUGUCCACCUUGUUCCCUUCACUCUUCCCCCGUGUGACUGAGACACUUUGGUUUAAUCUGGACCGACCUUGUGUGGAGGAGACAGAGCUGCAGCAGCAAGAACAGCAGCAUCAAGCCUGGCUCCAAAGCAUCGCAGAGAAAGACAACAACCUGGUACCUAUUGGCAAGCCAGCCUCAGAGCACUAUGAUGAUGAGGAAGAGGAAGAUGAUGAAGAUGAUGAAGACAGUGAAGAGGAUUCAGAGGAUGAUGAGGACAUGCAGGACAUGGAUGAGAUGAAUGACUAUAAUGAGUCACCUGAUGAUGGAGAGGUCAAUGAGCCUCCUCUCCAGGUGGACAUGGAAGGCAACGAACAGGAUCAGGACCAGUGGAUGAUCUAGCCCACAGAACCAGCUGAUGGACCUACUGCCUAAAAGCUCAUUCCCGGGCACUUCCUCAGCUGCUGCCAGAACCUGGUUUCCCUGGCCCCUCCCAAGUCAUCAUUCUGCUCUUGAAUCCCCAGAGCUUGAGUCUACCCCACCUUCCUGGCUGGUACCUCACCCUUUGGUUGCCAGGUUGGAUCCCUUUCUAACCCUGUUUUAAUAAAGAUA